AUGUACUUAGAUUACGACUCCCAUAACAACAAGCCAGAUAAUACCCAGUUAGUUAGAAGAGAAAUGAUGUGCCAUAAAAUUUACAAUAUCAUACAAUCAGCAACUUUUCCAGGACUUUUUUUUGAAGAUGAAAUUUUUUUUACUCACGAUAUAAUGGAUGUAGUAGAUACUCUUUAUGGCAAUAAAGAACUAUAUUACGAACUGGAUACUAAAUUUAGAAGGAAAUGGAAAAAUAUCAAAAAUAAGGUCGAAAAUUGGUUAAACCAGAAAAAUGUUGAUUUAUUCUUUGAAAAUAAAAUCAAUAUGAUAACUGAAAGAGAAACUAUCACUUUAAAUUUUGGUGGAAUUAAAUUGGGAAAAGCAUCUGGUAAGGUUACUAAAAACGUUAAAAAGGAAGCCAUUGAUCAAUCUUUAAAAAAGUUAUAUUUGUUAGAAUUCUAUUUAAAUCAAGUAAAACGAGAAAAUGAUAUAAUAAACACAAAAACUGAAUAUUUUACUUCUCCAAAUGAUAAUUCCAUUUUAAGGAAUACUGUUGGUGGUGAACGUUUUCAAGAAUAUUCUGGAAGUGAUGAUGGUGAAAAUUCUCAAUAUACGCCAGAUUAUGAUGCGAGUACUCACGAAAAUAUUAAGCUUCGAUAUUCUGAGCUAGAUGGUUAUUCUAUUCCAUUUGAUUUGACCAAGGAUAUAAAAAAAUAUGGACCACCUAAUAAAAAUACGCCAACAGGAUUUAUUAAGGUCCAAUUAUUAGAGUUACUUAUUAGGGAGUAUCGUAAAGGAAUACUAGCAAAUACAGCUAGUAUAUGUACUUAUAUUAAUUAUAUUUCUUUAAUAAAUGGAGAAUCAAAAAACAAACAUUUUCAAUGGGGACGUUUUGAAGAACUUCUAAGGUAUGGUAAAAAUUCCAAACAAGUAUUAUAUUCUAUGAUAAACGGUAAUUCACUUCCAAUAACAUAUGAAAGCGUUAAAGUGGCCAAAAAUAAUUAUGUGGCGGUUUGUCUACAAGCAAAUGUUAUUAUUGGCGCAGGUGAUGGCCCAAGUAUGAAACUUUCUCAACAGCACGCAGCAUCUGAUGCUCUCUUUAGAUGA